GCAAGGCAUCAGUACUGAGGCAGUGUCUAUAAGAGAAGAGCGUACCAUCGAUAGAGUUGUCUCCAACAGAUUAGCUGGACUUUCUCACUUCCUUCACGUUACUUCCAAAACUUUCGCUUCCACUUCAAUUUUGGUCUCUCUUUUACUACCACAACACAUCGCAUACUACAACCAUGUUCGCAAAAACAAUCCUCCUUGCUCUCCUUCCAUCGGUAGCAGUAGCAGCACCGCAUCAGCAGCAUCGCGCAGGUGCGGACCAGGCACAACAACAUGGUGGCAUGAGCUGUAUGCAACAACCGAAUGCUGGCAAACCUGCUGUAGGAAGAGCCAUCUAUAUGUUGACUAAUGAUGCCGACAACGCCGUCGUUGCACUGCCCAUUGGAGCCGAUGGCAUGCUCUCCAAAGGCAAAGUGAUGAAGACAGGUGGUGCUGGAUCUGUUGCUGUUGAUGCAGAGGGAAAGCCUGCAACGCCUGAUGCGCUCGUUGGUCAGUCUGCUUUAACUAUCGCCGGAAACAACCUAUUCGCUGUGAAUGCUGGCUCUAAUACCCUUACCAUGAUGACCAUAUCAUCAAGAGAUGCCACAUCGCUCUCGUGCGUUGGUAAGCCUUUGGCCAUACCUGGCGAAUUCCCAAAUACUGUCGCUGCGUCUGCGAAGAACAAGCUCGCCUGCGUCGGCACAACAGGUGCCAAAGCGGGAAUCUCAUGCGCUUCCUUCUCCCGGCAAGGACUCGGGCAAAUGGAUGAGCUUCGAUCCUUCGAUCUCGGACAAAGCACACCGCCUGUAGGACCACUGAACACAGUCUCACAGACUUUCUUCUCAUCUGACGAAUCUGCUCUAUUCACGACCGUCAAGGGCGACCCGACAGUGAACAAUACGGGCUUCCUCUCCACCUACUCGGUGCAAGCCUCAAACGGAGCGGCCACUCUUUCCAAGAAAGAUGUCCGUAGCUCGCCCAACGGAACUGCGGUGCUUUUCGGCUCAGCUACCUUGUCCAACGACCCGUCUACCCUCUUUGUCACUGACGCUUCAUUCGGUGCUACCGUAUUGUCGAUUGACUCCAAAGGCCAAGCAACAGUCAAAGGGAAACAAGCUAUUGAUGGCCAAGCAGCAACCUGUUGGGCUACCAUCUCCGACGCAACAAACAGCGCCUUCGUAACAGAUGUCGGAGUGAACCGUGUUGUGGAGAUGAGUCUAGACGACGCAAGCAUUAUCAAACAACUUGAUCUAUCUGCAAAUGGCGACCCUGGUCUCAUUGAUCUGCGUGCGGCAGGAGACUUUGUUUACGCAUUGAGCCCAGGUAAUGGGACGACGGCUGCGGCGAUAAUGGUGCUGGAUGUAUCUGGAGGCCAAGGAUCCAUGAAGCAGGUGCAACAUUUCGACCUGAGUGGAAUGGCAGGAAAGAACGCUCAGGGUAUGGCUGUGUUGAUGUGAGGGGAACCGAUCGUGUUUCAUCUGUAGCAUGUAGUGUCUGCAAUUCUUAGCCUUCCAUUUUGUCGUACUCACUGCCUGCUGCGUUCAUCUUUACAAAUCUGCUUAGUGGCUAAUUCCUACCGCUGGUGCACAGGUGAUAGUUUCU